AUGAUUCUCAGUAAAAUAUCAAGAAUAUCUACAUUUAACUCAUUAAGAAAUUUAAUUAAAACUUGUAAUUUACAUGUUAAUGUAAAUACUAAUGAAGGUUCAGUAACUUCAGAUUCAGAAAAGGGUUAUCCGAUUGUUGAUCACUGCUAUGACGUGGUAAUCGUAGGCGCUGGUGGAGCAGGAUUACGAGCUGCUAUUGGUCUAGGAUGUAAAGGAUAUCGAAUAGCAGUAGUAACUAAGCUCUUUCCAACACGAUCUCAUACUGUAGCAGCUCAAGGAGGAAUAAACGCUGCUAUCAGUAAUGUUGAACCAGAUGAUUGGCUUUAUCAUAUGUAUGAUACUGUUAAGGGAUCAGAUUGGCUUGGAGAUCAAGAUGCAAUUCAUUAUCUAACACGAGAAGCUCCAACAGCUGUUUUUGAAUUAGAAAAUUAUGGUUGUCCUUUCAGUCGAACUAAAGAAGGGAAAAUUUAUCAAAGAGCUUUUGGUGGUCAAUCUUUGAGAUUUGGAAAAGGUGGACAAGCUCAUAGAACUUGUGCAGUAUCUGAUAGAACAGGUCAUGCAAUUCUCCAUACUCUCUAUGGUCAAAGUCUUCGUUAUGAUGUUGAUUAUUUUAUUGAAUUUUUUGCAAUUGAUCUUCUUAUACAUGAAAGAUCAUGCAGAGGUGUGAUAGCUUGGGAAUUGGAAUCUGGAUUGAUUCAUCGAUUCAGAGCUCAUCAUACAGUUCUAGCUACUGGAGGAGCAGGAAGAUGCUUUUUUUCUUGCACUGGUGCUCAUGCAUGUACUGGUGAUGGUGCUGGAAUGGUAUCAAGAGCUGGUUUACCUUUGCAAGACUUGGAAUUUGUACAAUUCCAUCCUACAGGGAUUUAUGGGAGUGGGAUUUUAAUCACUGAAGGUAGUCGUGGAGAAGGUGGAUUACUUGUAAAUUCAAAGGGGGAAUUUUUUAUGGAAAGAUACGCACCAAAAGCCAAAGACUUGGCAUCAAGAGAUGUUGUAUCAAAGGCAAUUACUAUUGAAAUUCUUGAAGGAAGAGGAGUUGGUAAAAAAAAAGAUCAUGUCAAUCUCCAACUUUCUCAUUUACCAACUGAAACAAUAAGAACAAAAUUACCCGGAAUUGCACAUUUAGCUUGGGUUUUCGCUGGAGUUGAUUGUGAAAAAGAACCUAUUCCUGUUAUUCCUACAGUUCAUUAUAACAUGGGUGGUAUUCCCACAAAUUGGCGUUGUCAAGUUUUGACAAGAGAAAAUGAAGCUGAUCUUAUUGUUGAAGGUCUUUGGGCAGUAGGAGAAGCUGCUUGUAUGUCAAUUCAUGGGGCCAAUCGUUUAGGAGCUAAUAGCUUAUUAGAAACAGUAGUAUUUGGCAAAGCAGUUGCUGAACAUAUUAUCAAUAUUUCAAAACCUGGAGAAAAACAUCCUAAAAUUGUUCCUGAAAUAGAACAAGAAAUCAUCAAUAGAUUUAAUGAUACUCGUAAUGCUAAAGGGGAAAUAUCAGUUGCUGCUUUACGAGAAGAGAUGCAAAUGACUAUGCAAAAAUACUGCGGAGUCUUUAGAACAUGUACAGUCUUACAGAAAGGUUGUCGUGAAAUCCAAAGGCUUUAUAAAAAAUCAUUACCUGAUUUGAAGAUGCCUGAUAAGUCUCUUAUCUGGAACACUGAGUUAGUCGAAGCAUUGGAACUUCAGAAUAUGAUGAUUUUCAACCUUCAUACGGUUUAUGCAGCAGAAAAUAGAAGAGAGACUAGAGGAGCUCAUGCACGAGAUGAUUAUCCAGAUCGAAUAGAUGAGUUUGAUUAUAAACAACCGUUGGAAGGUCAAAUAAGAAAACCUUUAAGUGAACAUUGGCGCAAACAUACUCUCACAUGGGCUCUUAAAGACGGUUCUAUUUGCAUUUCUUAUCGACCGGUCAUCGACACGACUUUGGACGAGACAGAAGCUCAACAUGUGCCUCCUUCGAUACGUGUUUAUUGAUUAAUUAUGUAUCUAAAAAAGACAAUGCUUAUUGAUUCAAUAAUGAUUUAGCUGACAAA